UCUCUCUCACCCUCUCUCUCUCUCUCACUCUCUCUUAUAAGAGGGUAUUUGCGAUGGAGUCCACAUCACUUCUUUUUUUACGCAGCGGAGAAGAACACUUGGAUAGCGAGUUCCAACCCGGCCAUGAAACUAAUUUUGCUCUUCACCGCCUCCCUCACCUGGGCCUUUCAGCAGGAGUCGGCGCCGCCCAAGUACCAGUACCGCGACCCUGUGACCUCCGAGCUCCUCCUGUGCGACCAGUGUCCCCCUGGUACGUCCCUGAGGCGACACUGCAGCGCCGAAAGGCCCACGGAAUGCCGAGGCUGCCCUGAGAGACACUUUGCUGACAACUGGCAUUGGGGGGACUCGUGCCAACACUGCACCUCGGUGUGCAAAGAGAGGCAGCUGGUGAAGCAGGAGUGCAACAGUACCCAUGACAGAGUGUGUGAAUGUGCUGCAGGUUUCCACCUGGUGGUCGAGUUCUGCAUCACACACAGCCCCUGCCCAUCUGGGUAUGGAGUGGCAGCUUUGGGUACACCAGUGAGCGACACGGUAUGCGAGCCAUGUCCUGUUGGCCAUUUCUCCAGCCGCCGCUCGUCAAAAGAACCAUGUCGGCCCCACAGAAACUGCACAGAUGUGGGCAUGAAGACGCUGCGAUGGGGCACGUCCGCUUCAAACAGCAUCUGUGGAAGCCAGGACCAAAUUAUGGCCAUCGAUUGUGCACAUCAUCAUACAUUGUGUCACACAGAUGUGCUCUUGUGUGAGGAGGCAGUUUUCCAGUCACUAGCCUCCCUGCAGUUGUCCUCCGUGCCCCUGGAACGUCUGUUGGAGAGUCUUCCAGGCCGCAGGGUAGAUCGCAAGAGCGUGGAGAGGCUGAAGAAGGCUUGUUCGCCGCAGCAACAGGUCCUCCAGCUGCUGCGACUAUGGAGGCAGCAGAACAAGGACCAGGAUAAGCAGUAUGGCAUUAUAAAAGGUGUCAACCACUGUGAACGCAAGGUCUCCCGCUGCAACACCCUGAAGAACUUGACUUUUGAUGACCUCUUGGAGGUGACCAACAGCUUGCCAGGGGUCAAAGUUCGCCCGGAGGACGUGGCGGCGGUGGUGGCGACCUGUCCCCCCAAGCAGUACGUCCUGCAGGUGCUCUACCUGUGGAAGAGGGCCAACUUCGAGCUGGAUCUGGUCAAAGGUCUUUCUCACAGUGUGAAGGUGCUGCGCGGCAAAGGGGCGCCGCGUUAUCUUCUGAAAGGCCUCAAGAAGAUCAGCCGCAUCAUAGGCUCCGCCUCCACUCGCAAGACGUAUGAAAAGAUGUUCGUUAGUAUGCUUCAAGAUAAAGUGUCUUUUAAAACUCUUAAGCCAUUCAAUGAAUAAGAGCAAACAUGGCUGCUGUUUCAGUAGGGAUGGUAAUUCUACUAAAUCUUCUUAACCGGCUUUGGGAAAAUCACAUUUUUUCUUUGAGAAUCUCUCCUGGAAUGUUCUGAGCACCUGUUUCCAUGCUGUGUUGUACUGAGCAGAGGAGUUGUACCACACCAAAGGUCUGCGUGGUCGUCGUUUUUCAACAGCGUCUCCUCUGGUCGCAGAUGAGUAGUGCACUCCAUUUUGUCUCCGUAGCUUCCAGAUACAUCCAUCCAUCCAUCCAUUUUUUACCGCUUGUCCCUUUCAGGGUAGCAAAAUUAAUCCUCAUUGAAUUGUCCACUAUUGCCCAUUCCUAGCUUGUAUCCUACAUAAACUUCAAAGGAGAACAACACUCAAGCUAUAAAACACUCAUUGUGCGAUUACAUGGACAUAUAUAUAUAUAUAUAUAUAUAUAUAUAUAUAUAUAUAUAUAUAUAUAUAUAUAUAUAUAUAUAUAUAUAUAUAUAUAUAUGUGUGUGUGUGUGGGAAAAAUCACAAGACUACUUCAUCUUUACAGAACUUUUUCAUGAGGGGUUCCCUCAAUCGUCAGGGGAUGAAUAUAUAUAUAUAUAUAAUAUAUAUAUGUAUGUAAAAAAGUGGUACCUUGGUUUUUGGUACCAAUCCAUUUCCGUAACCCAAAAACCUGAGGCAAACUUUCUAAUAAAAAAAUCAUAUAAAUCCAAUGAAUCAGAUCCAAACACACAAAAAUAUUAACACAAAUCACGUUUUAUAAAGUUUUUUAUUCAGAUAACAAUGUAAAUUAAACAUAAAUGAUUAAUUUCCUUUAUCAGGAUUAUUUUUUGGAAAAGAGGAAGACAAAGUACUGCCACCUUAGUACUUUGCUGCGAGUUCUUUCUGAUUUCAAUCGUUUUUCUCACCCUCAUCAUUAAAGUGCUGUCAAUCGCAACUUUCGAUCAUUUUUUUCAAACGCAUUAAUUUAUUGGAUUUGUAAUUUUAUAGCUGAGAUAGGCACCAGCGCCCCCCACGGCCCCAAAGGGAAUAAGCUGUAGAAAAUGGAUGGAUGGAUUGAUGUAUUUUUAUUAUAUUUUUGCAUACGUACUUUCUGCUUUUAUUUAUUUAUUUUAUUUUUUGUAGCCAUACUUUUUGAUGAAAAGAAAUGUUAAUUUUACCUUUUUUUCUUUUUACAUUUUUGCAGACAUGUUUUCUUUAUUUUUUUUUUUUUUUUUUUUAGACAUACCUCUUUUUUUAAUAUUUUUUAUUUUGUUCUUAAAAGAGUGAGUUACCAAUGCAAUUAUUUGUUGUUUGGUCAAUAAAGUCCAUGGAAUAAUACGCCAAGAAACACUCAUUUGAUAAGAUGGCAAAAUUUGGGGAAAAUGAAAGAUGGAAAAGUAAAUCAUAAGAAAAGUACCAAGGUACCACUGUAUUAUUAUGAUGAUGAAAAAAGUAUCGUGCAGCAGAUGAACCUGGUGUAUAUGUUAUGUGGGACGGACAUAGAGUAGGUCAGAUGGUAGCAUCACGUAAAUAAAGCUAUACUCACCAAAUUUAAACAUAUGCAGAGAUAAUUGAGUUUAUAAUCCUAAAUUGCCUUUCAGUAAUUACUCCAAUGCUUUUCAUUUAAACAAUAACAAUUCUACAUGUGUCCUCUAGGCAGAGUAAUCUUUGCAAAAUAUUUCAUGGGAACCCUUUUGAGUCUGUGAAAAGUAACACACACCAUUAUUUAAGAUGUAAAUAGCACACGGUUUUAUGGAAAAAAGGGCAAGCAAAUGUGCUUCUCCCUCCCUCCCCCCCUUUUCUCGCCAUUUGGGAGGAAGGAUUUGGUUUCAUAAUGAAAUCCAGGUAUGAGCUAUAUAAUUGUCUUUUGUUUUGUUUUGUUGGUUUUGUCCGCGACUGCUGGCAAGUUAAGCUCCGAGAAAUGUAAUGUUGUUACUGUCAGCUUUGUGAAUGUACAAUUGUGUUCUAUUUAAAAGGGAGUUUAUCUUGGACUUGUAUGUAAUAGCUUGUUUUCAUUGCUUCAUAAGAAAUACUGAAUCCUAAAUGCUGCAACUUAUUGAAGGGAUAUAUGUUUUAUAUUUGUUUUUUUAUUAUUUUUUUAUACAAAGAAGUGUCUUGUUUCUUUAUUGUAGAUAUAAAACUAAUGGUGUGUUCAAAUGCUUCAUAAAAGAUUGGACUUUU